AUGGUAGGUACCUCCGGCUGCCCAUACAUCGUAUCAAAAGCUUCGAUAACUAUCGUCCGCUCCAUCCCAUCACGCGCACGCGAUCCUUCACCAACUCGAGUCGCCGAUGACCACGAAUGUCCGGCCCACUUUUUGGCGCACCCUGACACCUCACAAGAAGGCCCUAAGGCUCUAAAGGAACAUUCACGAUACGGUUUACCUAGGUCAGGACACCCGAGUUGCAUCAUUGGGACACCGCCUAACCAUCCAUCCUUACUUUACUCCGCAAACUACCUUACCUCCACAUUCCACCACCUCCGCAUCAACGGCAGUGAGCUGCUGCUUCCAGCUCUAACCUUCACCAUUCCUUCCCCAACAUCCUCCCGUCGCCCUGCUAACAUACCAUUGCGAAACCUAUCAUCCCGUUCUGACGAGCAUUCCGCCUCAUUACUGGGAGCGCACUCGGACGAAAAGCAGGGCCGUCGCUCUUCCCUCUCGCGCAGUUCCUCCCCGGACUCGGAUUUUUCUUGGAGUGACACUGGGGACCUAGCCGAACAAUUAGCAGACGCCGAAGAUCCUCUGCAGAUAAAGCUGCGUGCAUCACUCGACGAACAAGUGUCUGGCGGUCCUUCAAGGCGGCCGACUCGGCAGAAACGGGUCCGUUAUCAAGAAGAUCUGGAAGAUCCGGAGGAGAAAGGACAUCAAUCUGGACUCGUUAAAGAGGACAUCGAGAUCCCCGAACCUGCUCCACGUUCAAUUACCAAAGCCGAGCAUACUCUCGCCGCUAUCAUGUCUGGGGGAGAACGGCAAAUGCAUGGCCUGACAGGCAAGCCCCUGGUGUAUUUCACCAGUAUCUUUGUCUCUCUGGGCGUCUUUCUCUUUGGAUAUGAUCAAGGUGUGAUGUCUGGAAUCAUCACUGGUCCGUAUUUCAAAGAUCAGUUCAAUCAGCCCUCGCGAGCCGAAGUCGGUACUAUGGUUGCCAUUCUCGAAGUUGGGGCAUUUUUUGCAUCUCUCGUCGUCGGCAGCGUCGGAGAUAUCAUUGGACGACGGAGGACCAUAUUUUAUGGCGCGUGUAUAUUCUUCGUUGGAGGGGCUCUACAGACUUGUGCAAAUGGAAUGCCGAUGAUGCUGUCAGGGCGUAUCAUCGCCGGUGUUGGCGUUGGCAUGUUAUCUACGAUUGUUCCCGUAUACCAGUCCGAAAUCUCUCCUCCACACAACCGCGGCAAGUUGGCCUGUAUCGAAUUCUCGGGAAAUAUUACCGGAUAUGCGACUUCAGUUUGGGUAGACUACUUCUGCAGCUUCAUCAACAAUAACUAUUCCUGGAGGGUCCCCUUGUUUAUGCAAUGUGUUAUGGGCGCACUUCUGGCGAUAGGAAGUUUGGUCAUAGUAGAGUCUCCAAGAUGGCUUUUGGACAAUGACCAUGACGAGGAAGGUAUUGUCGUAAUUGCAAACCUUUAUGGAGGUGGAGAUAUCCAUAACCCCAAGGCGCGAGAGGAAUACCGCGAAAUCAAAAUGGAUGUACUUCUCUCACGACAAGAGGGCGAAAAAACUUAUAGAGAAAUGUUCCGACGAUAUCGUACUCGUGUCUUCAUCGCCAUGUCUGCCCAGGCCUUUGCACAGUUGAAUGGCAUCAACGUCAUAUCGUACUAUGCGCCAUAUGUGUUUGAAUCUGCUGGUUGGGUUGGCCGGCAAGCGAUUUUGAUGACUGGGAUUAACGGAAUUACGUACUUCCUGUCUACUGUACCACCUUGGUAUCUCGUCGAUCGGUGGGGCCGCAGAUUCGUCCUUCUAAGCGGUGCAGUUGCAAUGGUCUUGUCGUUAUCGGCUAUCUCCUAUUUCCUCUUCCUGGACAUACCCUCUACUACUCCAACUCUUGUGGUCAUAUUUGUUAUGAUCUACAACGCGGCAUUUGGAUAUAGUUGGGGUCCGAUUCCAUGGCUUUAUCCCCCGGAGAUCCUACCUCUCAGCAUCCGAUCCAAAGGCUCAAGUUUGUCUACAGCCACUAAUUGGGCAUGCAAUUGGCUUGUUGGAGAAAUGACUCCUGUCUUGCAAGAGUGGAUCACAUGGCGUCUUUACCUCGUGCACGCUUUUUUCUGUGCUACGAGUUUCGUUGUUGUAUAUUUCGUUUAUCCUGAGACCGCUGGUGUAAGAUUAGAGGAUAUGGAUGCCCUCUUCGGUGAUGCUACGACCGCGAUGCCUACUCCCAUCACAAGGGCUGAAAAUGGUUCAUUGAUGGGAGUGAGUUCUCCAGUACCUUCUAUGGACCUCCGAAGGGGUGUUUAUGGGGACCCUAUCAAUGAUUUCGGCGCUUCAAGCGCGAUACCUGGACUCGACAUUGAUCCUCCUCACGUGUCCAUUGUGAACGGGAAACCGCAAUAUGGCGAGGACAACGAAUCCACAAGCGAAGGUGUUGGUGGGUGGAUAGGUCGGAUGGUCAAGAGAGGCAAAGGAGAUGGAGACAGCGUUAAAAGUAGCCAGUACAAGGCUGUAGACCAAGAGGAAGAGGAAUGA